ACUCGAUGUUCGGCGGGGGUGCAGCUCUGCCCGUUCGCUCAGCCCUGGAAAACCACGCCAGUCAUUUUUGUUUUGAUAAGGAUACGGAUACAAAAAGAGCGUGGCCUGGAAAAACUGCAGAAACGGCGGAGAAAGCGCCCCAAAAGCGAGCGAAAACGGUGGAAACUGAUCGUGGGGAAGUGCGCGACAAAGUGGCCGCGGAUUCAGGCCCUCCCAAUCGCUACGUGGAAGCGUAAGCAGCGUGUUGAAGAAGAGAAGAAGAAGAAGCAGCAGCAGCGCAGCAAAAGUACACAGAAGUGCAAACCAGACGACUGAAAUAACAAAUCAAAAAAGGCCCCAAAAGGAGCGGCGCAGUGGAAGCAACUGCGGGGGCGGGGAAUGGCCGAGGGUCGUCGGUGGCCGCCAUUGUGUAACGCCGCCGAUGGGCAGACUGUAGAUCCACGCUAGGAUCAUAUCUCUCGAAUAUCAUGCAUCUGAACCAUGCGACAGCCGCCACGGCAGCCAUGGCCAACUAUCAGCACUACCAACUGCCAGCCUCCCAUGGCGGUGGCGGCGGAGGAGGAGGUGGCGGUGGCGGUGGAGGAGGGAGUAAUGGUGGAUCUGGACCGGGUCCCAACUCGGGACAGCAGCAGCCCACCACACUGGCCAGCCUGCAACAGAGUCCCUUUGCGCUGCAUCAACUCACCGCCGUGCAGGCCAUCCAGCACCCUACCCACCAAGCCAUGCUCCAUCCACAGCACCCGCUGGUCCAUUUGCUGGACAUAUCCACUACAACAGCGAACAGUGGCGGAGGAGGCGGGGGCAGCCACACGCCCAUUUCUCCUAUGAAACAGGAGGUGCAGAGCGUGAUUAGCGAGGAGGAGGUGGUGGUGGACGAUCCGCGCAAGAAGAAACAGUGCCACGUGUGCAAGAACAAGUUCCGGCAGCUGACCACGUUACGCAACCACAUGAAGAUCCACACGGACGAGCGGCCCUACAAGUGCAAACACUGCGACAAGGCCUUCCGCCAGAUCUCGACGCUAACCAACCACGUGAAAAUCCACACCGGAGAAAAGCCGUUCACCUGCAACAUCUGCGCCAAGGACUUUCGCCAGCAGAGCACCUUGAUCAAUCACAUCAAGACGCACAAGGCGGCGGAGUCCAGCACGCCAACUUCCCUGUUGAACUAUCAGCCGCAGACGGGCAGUGGCAAACACCGAAAGUCCCAGAUGCACCAGGCCUACCAGCAGCAGCAUCAGCGCGUCCAAAUCUCAAAGACCUUGUAUUCCGGCAGCUACAGCUCGCCGGCGGCCGAGGAGCUGGUGAAGCCGUUCCAGUGUAGCGUUUGCAAGCGCCGCUUCCCGCAGCUGAGCACGCUGCACAACCACGAGCGGACCCACAUCGAUCCUAAGCCGUACAAGUGCGAAACGUGUGACAAGUCCUUUAGCCAGCUGGCGACGCUGGCCAACCACAAGAAGAUCCACACGGGCGACAAGCCGUACACGUGUUCCUACUGCCACAUGCAGUUCCGCCAGCAGAGCACCCUUACCAACCACCUCAAGACGCACACGCAUCAGAUAGCGCCUGGAGGCGUCGGUGGAGCAGGAGGCGGCGGAGGCGCCGUCACAGCCACAGCUUUUAUUUAAAUCUUGUACGCAUGCUAACUUCAACAAAUCAUCCAACAAUCCAACUCCGUACCGUCAAUCUGCAGUGGAUCACUCAAUGCCCGCUCCUCUGGCGCCCGGGACGCAGCAGCUGACCAGUGGCCUGUUGCCGAACAACCUGCACGGUAGCACGGCGAACAUCAUCCAGCUGGACCACCAUCCGCUACUGCAUUUCCUCGACGGCAGCACCACGGUCAGCUCGGUAGUGGCCACGGCGGCGGCCAACACCAAGGUGGAGCAUUUCCAGGCGGGCGGCUCGCCGUCGGGCCGGAUGACCGUAGUGGGCACCAUCAACAUGCUGAAGGGCGACAAUCCGGACCGGCCGUUUGGCUGCAGCGUCUGCCAGCGGUUCUUCUCACAGCAGAGCACCUUGGUAAAUCACAUCAAGACGCACACCGGAGAGAAGCCCUACAAGUGCAAGAUCUGUGAGGUCAACUUCCGGCAGGUGGCCACGCUGAACAACCACAUGAAGAUCCACACCGGUGAAAAGCCCUACAACUGUUCCUUUUGUCCUAAACAGUUCCGGCAAAAAAGCACACUGCAAAACCACCUGCGGGUGCACACCUGCUAGACCCACUUCAGAUCCAGAUCGCAACGCGAUCCAGGUCCGCAGCCAGCCAGCCAGCCAGUCAAGCAGCCAUUGAGGAAUAGUGCAAUAUGCAUGCCACAUAGCACAUACACUUAUAGAUCGCAUAUACGGCAUACGAAUACGAUUACAUGAAUACUAUAUUUGAAUAUAUACUCGAAAGUGUUAUUUACCUGCUGUGCAGAGCGCAAUUGUAUGUAACUAUAUCGUAGAGAGCUGAUCCACAUGCGUGUCCAAUUGUAAAUUAAGGCUAGCCGUGUUGGCAUAAGCCACAGAUGAUAUGAUACAGGGUGUUUAGGCCUAAACUCUAUACUAUCCCAUGAUGGUUCGAUUUGAGUCGGUGUGUUAAAGGUAUCUUAAGGCACUUUAAAGCCAUUUAGUCUAAAACGUUUUAUUAUCUUUUAAUACCCAUCAAUUUCUCGCUUUUCAAAGCUUUGUAAAUGAAUCAUCGGCGUCUUUUUAAGUUUGGUUGCUGUUUUCGAAUGGCAAGGAAAAUGACUACAAUAAAUUUAGAUGUGACCUACUUUGCACAAUAACCUUUUAUGCCUGUAUAUGCAUAAUUGUUGUCUUUUAUAUUUCCUUUACAAGGAACAUCUUACUAAAAAAAAAAAUAUUGAUAUUGUUUAAAACUGAUACAAUUCAAGUUAUAUUAUUUGUUUUAAGGUAAAAUGGUCAAAGAGUUAUUAGGAUUUCUUUAGCACCGAAGCUUCUUGAGGAAUCAAAUCGAUCCAUACUACAGCUAUCCUCCUAUGCAACUGUUGUCACCCAUGCCCCUAGAUCCCUCGAUCCCUAACAAUUAGUUCCGAGCAUCGGCUUCAUUCAGCUUUUCUCGUCGUGUUAAAUGUUAAGCCCGCCAGCAAAGUAAAGUAAAUUAAUUAAAAGUAAAACUAGUUAUUGCUAUACUAUGUGUAAUCCCGCCCGCUCUGAACCGACAUAAAGCGUCAUCGCAACCGAACCGAACGGAAAUCGAAAACAGCAACUAUUUAUAUAAGUGUACUCUUAGCGCAUACUUAGCAGCAUCUUCUACUCAAAUGACUACGCGCGGAGCAAUGGCGAUCGCAUAAAUAAUCAAUAAUACAUUUAAUGAGCGAAAGAAUGAAAACCGGGUUGCUUAUAGAACAAAAACUUAGAAAACAGAGAGACACAAGAGUCCCUAAAUUAAGUGAAUCGAUAAGGAGAACGAAGUAAAACGAGUAAAACCAGCUAUAAUUGAAUUGAUACAGAUCGAUCGUAAAUGUUGUAGAGAAUAUAUAGUAUAUAUAUAAAUAUAUAUAAACUACUUGUAAAUGUAAGCGAAGCGAAGAGCAAAAACAACAAUAAAACAUGCAAACAGAAACUUU